AAAGUUUCACUGUUAUAGUCGGAUAGUUCCAUGCCUUGACACCUCUAUGUACGUGUAAAACAUCUGAAUUUGAAAAGAAAAUAGGGCACAAAGCAAAUCCUAUUGACUGACACCGUGUAAGAUUUUACAUAAUACGCAUUCUUCUCUUACCAUGUCUGUUGAUGUAGCAAUGAAAAACUUGGCUAUCGUGUCUGUUCGUGGCCCUGGUGAUGGCAUGGAGACAGACAAACCAGCGGUGGCCCCAGAGCUGUCGGUGGACUCCCCAGCCAUGAAGGCAUCUCCUCCAAAGCAGUGUCCAAGGCCUGCUCCACCAUCUGCCCACUCCCCAGGGGUCCUCCACCUGGGCAAGGUGAGCCGGGAGGCAUGCACAGAGGUGGAGGCCGUGCGCAUCGUGGUGCCCCGCGCCGCCAUCAGCCGCAGCGGCCGUGCCGCCGACAGCAAGGUAGAAGAUAGGGGCUCCCCCCUGCACGGAGAGGAGCGGACCCCCUCGCCCUCCCCCUCCCCUGAGCCGCACGACUACAGGAGCGCCUUGGAGAAGCUCCAGAGCUCAGAGCGCAGACUACUGCAGGACAAGGAGGGCCUCUCUAACCAGCUGCGUGUCCAGACAGAGGUGAACAGGGAGCUGAAGAAGCUCCUGGUGGCGUCAGUGGGCGACGACCUGCAGUACCACUUUGAGCGACUGUCCCGAGAAAAGAACCAGCUGAUCCUGGAGAACGAGGCACUGGGCCGCAGCCUGGCCCACACCGCUGAGCAGCUGGAGCGCAUGAGCAUCCAGUGCGACGUCUGGAGGAGCAAAUUCUUGGCCAGCCGAGUGAUGGCGGAGGAACUGACCAACGCCAGAGCUGCCCUCCAUCGGCAAACUAGAAAGGCCCAGAGUGCCAUCCAAGACCUGCUGCAUGAGAGGGAGGAGUUCUCCCGAGACAUGAUGCACACACACAGAUCUCUGGAGGAGCUGCUAGUGUCCUUGCAGUGGGGCAGACAGCAAACCUACUACCCCAGUGCCCAGCCUCUCAGUACUGGAGAAUUGGCUGCAGCCAAUCACAAGCUGGCUGAUGCCAUCAACUCCCAUCUGCUGGGAAAUGUAGGUGGCAUCACUGGCAAUGCUAAUGCAAAGAGCAGCCAGGCUUCAGAACUCUGCAACACGCCGGCUGAGAAGAUGGCAGAGAAGGUGCUCAGGAUUCUGGACCCCAUCUCCUGCUCUGACACCAAGGGUGACUCAGCCAUUCCUGACGCCACCACUUCUUUCCUGCUCAACAAGAAGAGUAUCGGGCGCUUCCACCCUUACACUCGCUACGAGAACAUCACCUUUAACUGCUGUGAGCGGUGCUCUGGAGACAUUAUAGUGCUUUGAGAUCAGUGUAACUCCAGCUAACGCACAGAUCUCCUUUUCCUUGUCUUGUCUUUUUGUUUUUUUAUCUACACGGUACCACAAAGUGGUUCUCCACUGUCAAAUUUUUUCAUCACUAAAGAUCAAUAAUACAUACUCAUGUCAGAAGGCAGAGACACUUACUAUACUGUAAUAUGACAGAAGGGUGGACUUUGUACCCCAAAAUGUUUUGUAAUAAACAGUGUUCUUUACCAUUGUAAACUGGGCCCUAUAGGGCAAGGAACAAUAUUGUGUAAUUAUUCUAUUUUUGUGAAUACCAAAGCCUGAACACACACAGACCUACUGAACAAUCAGUGUAGAAAUUAAAUAUUUAGAUUUUUCUUUAUACUGGAUGUUUUGUUUUUUUUCCCCUGCAAGUCAAAGCAGUUUGUUUCCUGGUCUGCUUCUGAUCAGAAAUGGAGUAUAUGUAGGGUUUCAGUUGAGCCUGAUCUUCCUUGUUUGUGCACAAGUAUUUAUGACAUUUGAAAGACAUGAGAAUUCAGCACAAUGAGAAAAGGAACUGGUGGAAUGAGUCUAAAGACAGAAAAGUGAUAUGAUUUUGUGUGUGUGUGUUAUGUAUAUUUGUGCUGUGUCCCUUUUGCUUUGUGAAUUUUGAUAAAACAGGCAUGCUUUGGCUUGAUGUAUAUGAUGAAUUGUGUAUACGAGAGGCAGUCUGUAAUUAUGCAGUAUUUGUGAAAGUGGUGUAUAAUAGUGAGAACUAGAUUAACAGGAAAAAAGCAGUUCAUCUUAAUCUGUUCUCCAAGAAGUGCAAUAUGCUGUAAAGCAUUUCAGCAAUGUUGUCUCCGAAAUGUGACCAAAAUAAAGUGUGACUGUUCAUUAUUA